AUGAUGUACACAAGAGGUAGAAUACGAUCUGCUCUACGACGUCUACCACUACGGAUUCCCCAUUUGAGAUCUGCUACAUUCCAUCAAAGUUUAGCAAAUCAGACCAUUGACGCGACUACCUUCAAUACUAAGCUCCAGUCAAUCCUUGCAACUGAACCGAGCUCUAAAAUAUUUCAAUUCCUUGUCAAGAAUCAUGCACGGGUUGAUCCAAAAUUUUCCCUUACAUACACAUACAACUUACUCCAGCAAAACAAUUUACAAGCGGCUAUUUCAUUGCAACAUUUGCUUUUGACAAAUGAAAACUAUCAAAUACCGAAUGAAUUAUGGAGUGUUUUCCUAGAUAAAGUGUGUUUAGAAUCAAAUUAUCUUGGUGCAAUGUUUAUUUUCCAUGAACUAAUUGAUAAUCAUCUGUUUUAUGAUGAAGUUAGUUUUGCAGUACAAGAUAAUGAUCAGAUUCCAUUCAUAGUGAAUACCGCAAGCUUAGUUUACUUGGCAAAGAUCUUCACAAACAAUGGCGAUGCUAAACGAAUGGAAGGCAUAUUGCGAUAUUUCAGAAGGUUUUACUCGUUCUUGGAUUAUCAAGAUGCUUAUCAGUCUUUACUUGCGCUUACUGUGGAAGUAUAUUCAGAAAUGGGAGAUCUUACCAUGGCAUUGAAAAAGUUCAAGAACCUUGCAUUUGCAUCAAGGGGCCUUGCAGGAAAAAAACCUGUCCGCAGGUUGUCUUGGGAAUACGCUGAUUCUGAGAAGUGGAGAUUAGACAAUAUUAAACUGAAUCAAUAUCGGUUCGAUUUUAUACCUACUUACCCACUAGAUAUCCAUCAACAAUUAUUGGCACAGAUAUGUCAAAGUGGGAUCUACAAUCCGGUGGUGCAGUAUAAUAUUUACUCAUCGCCAGUAGUCGGCUCCUCCAGUGGCACCAGCAACUCAAGCUCUGUUGCCAAUACAAUCACUCCGAUCAUACAAAAACGGAUUACAUCUACUGACUUGCCCCGAUUUCAAAACCUUAUUACUGAAUACAUCAAACGGGAAGAGAUAUACGACUAUCACAAACUUAUUCAAUUCAUGAAGAUAAAUCACCUCAGUUUGCAUAUUUUCAUCAUCACAACACUUUGCCAUCUCGAUAAACAUAAAUUGGCUUUUGCUGUACUAAAAUCAUUGAAUUCAUAUGGUCAACGAUUGUGUAAAAGCCCAGCAUUUAUUACAUUACUUCAAUCGACGCAAAACAACCCAGAGUUACAUACUUUACGAUCUGAUAUCAUCAAGUAUUACCGUCUGUUGAACAAAGGAUAUAUGAAUUAUCCCGUUGCUGCUUACGUAUGA